AAACUUUCCCAUUUUAAAGGAAAACAAACAGAAAAGCAGGAAACUUUCGAUUGCUCUGAAUAUGGAAAUGGAUCUUGCCCAGAAAAUGAAAGGUCACUGGGUGUCCGCGCUUCCAUGUAUGCUUUCAUGACAGGGGCCAUAUUCAUCACAGUGUCCGGCAAUCUGGCCAUGAUCAUCUCCAUCUCCUACUUCAAGCAGCUCCACACACCCACCAACCUCCUCAUCCUCUCCAUGGCAGUCACUGACUUUCUCCUGGGAUUCACCAUCAUGCCCUAUAGCAUGGUCAGGUCUGUGGAGAACUGCUGGUAUUUUGGGCUUACCUUUUGCAGGAUUCAUUACAGUUUUGACCUGAUGCUUAGCAUCACAUCCAUUUUCCAUCUGUGUUCGGUGGCCAUUGACAGGUUCUACGCCAUCUGUUACCCUUUACGUUAUUCCACCAAAAUGACAAUCCCGGUUAUUCAGCGGAUGCUCCUUCUCUGCUGGUCGGUCCCUGGAGCGUUUGCCUUCGGGGUGGUCUUCUCCGAGGCCUAUGCGGAUGGAGUAGAAGGCUAUGCUGUCUUGGUUGCUUGCUCCAGUUCCUGCCCCGUGAUGUUCAACAAGCUCUGGGGCAUCACCUUGUUCAUGGCUGGUUUCCUCAUUCCUGGGUCUGUGAUGGUGGGAAUCUAUGGCAAAAUUUUUGCCGUAUCCAGAAAACAUGCUCAUAUAAUCAAUAACUUGCCAGAAAGUCAAAAUAACCAAAUGAGGAAAGACAGAAAAGCAGCCAAAACUUUAGGGAUAGUGAUGGGUGUUUUCUUAUUAUGUUGGUUUCCCUGUUUCUUCACAAUUUUACUGGAUCCAUUUUUGAACUUCUCUACUCCUGCAGUUUUGUUUGAUGCCUUGACAUGGUUUGGCUAUUUUAACUCCACAUGUAAUCCCUUAAUAUAUGGUUUCUUCUAUUCCUGGUUUCGCAGGGCACUGAAGUACAUUUUGUUAGGUAAAAUUUUCAGCUCACAUUCCCAUAAUACUAAUUUGUUUUCUCGGAAAGAAACUGAAUAG